GGCUGUUGUUGAAGCCUGUCAGAUGGUGAGAGCUGCCUGUCCUGAGCGCUCGAGGCGGCCGUACACUGCAAACUGCCUCUGGUCCUGAGGGGAACACCCACGCGCUCUGCCCGGUGCCAGUGUCUGUUUCUUUACUCCAAAGUACAACUUUACCUCAAAUCUCUCCGGUUAUAUGAGGAAAACUUAACAGUGAAGUGAAGUGGAGCGGUAGGACCCCAUCACAGUUACUUUGUGCCUGAUUUCGUGGAUGUGAGUGUCUGUUUCACGCGACAACAUGACCGGCUGAUUCACGCACCUCUCUGGACGAACAGAUGAAUAAUCCUCUUUGUUGCUGACGGCCUCAGACAGACGGAAAAGGAAUGGGAUAUGAUUCCAGGUGAAGAGGGGGAGGAUUACUUCAUCUUAACAAAGAACAUAGAUGAAUAUUUGCGAUGCUACAUGGGAAGGCUCUGAUAUCCACCCUGCUCUUCCUUUUCACACACCUCAUCUUUGUCUUAGCCCAUGGUCGUUCCUAUCCUCGUUUUACCCGUAAUGACACUGAGUUCCAGCACCUGGUGCUCCACCCUGACUCCUCUCUGGGGACGGUGUACCUGGGAGCCAGGGACCACCUAUUCCAGCUGGAUGGAUCAGAUGGACUCCGGCUGGAGCAGGAGGAAAAGACCGGUCCUGUGAGCGACAGCAAAGAGUGCCUCCCUCCAGUCACAGAGUUUAACUGUCCCCAGGCCAGGAGAACAAGUAACCACAACAAACUGCUACUGGUGGAUCCUCAGGCAUCAGAGCUGAUCACCUGCGGGAGCAUCCACCAGGGCACCUGUCAGAAACGCAGCCUGGCUUCCAUCAAGAAGGUGCUCUUCUCCACUGAAAGGCCUGUAGACACACAAUAUGUUGCCGCCAAUGAUCCAACAGUGUCAACAGUGGGGCUGGUGGUGGGGCUCCGUGGCGGUGAGAGGACGGUGAUGUAUGUGGGUCGGGGCUACACUGCCAGCCAUCCACCCAUCUCCACUCGCCACCUUUCAUCUGAGCCCGUCUUCUCCUAUGAGGAGACCGCAAAGCUGGCUGUGGCCGGGCGUCUGUCGGAAUACGAUCAUCAUUUCGUGAAGACAUUCACACGACGCACAUAUGUGUACUUCUUAUUUUACCGCCGUGACAUCAAGUCAGUGUCCAGGGAGUACCGGACCUACGCUGCCAGAGUGUGUCUGGACGACACAUCCUAUUACUCCUAUGUUGAAGUUCCUCUUGUCUGCAGAUCUCCUUCCUCCUCCUCCAGGACUUUCAACCUGCUUCAGGCUGCUCAGGUGGGACAAGGUUUGGGUCAGGAAGGCGAGGACCUGCUGGGAGUCUUCUCCACCCGCAUGGGCUCGGCCAACAACAAUCCCCUGGAUGCCUCAGCUCUGUGUGUUUACCCGCUGGAUGAGCUCGACAGCCACAUCGACUCCACCCGUGACCUCUGCUACACCAAGGAUGGUCGGAUGGAGGGGAGAGGAGAGGUGGCCUACAUUGAGUACGAGGUCAAGUCCAGCUGUGCCAACCUGCCCAUAAAUACCCUAAAGGCAUAUCCCUGUGGUUCAGACCACACACCCAGUCCGAUGGCAAGCCGUGCACCACUUGAAGCCAAAGCUGUGUGGCAGACCUCAGCAGCUCGUCUCACUGCUGUGGCCGUCAGCGUCAGAGACGGACACAGCAUCGCCUUCCUCGGAGACUCCAGAGGGACUUUGCACAAGGUGUAUCUAGGCCAGGAUGGUCGAGUGGAGGUCUAUGCAAACAUGACGAUCCAGCCACACUCCCCCAUUAACAGUGACCUUUUACUUGACCAGAACGGAGCACACAUCUACAUCAUGACCAAAUCUACAGUGGAGAAGCGUCCAGUGGCAGAGUGUGGAGAUCACAUGGACUGUCAGUCUUGUCUCUCUGCCAAAGACCCGUACUGUGGCUGGUGUGUUCUGGAGGGAAGGUGCGGUCAGCGCUGGGAGUGCCAGCGAGGGUCCGAGCAGGGUCAGUGGCUGUGGAGCUUCAACCAGACGCAGCAGUGCCUCAGCAUUCAGCACCUCAGCCUCUACAACAUCAGCCGGGGGGAGAAAACUGAUAUCACAGUGUCAGUGGAAGGCCUCCCCAGCCUAGGUAAAGGUGAAGCCUACUCAUGCUUCUUCCAGGACACUGAAACACCUGCAGCACUCACUAACACUGGCGUAAUUUGCUCCACUCCUGACGCUAGCAGUCUGCCUCCCAUUGGACAAGGAGAUGAGUUUGUGAUGGUGACCCUGUCACUGCGAUUUACGAACGUGACCGUGGCCGAGACAGAAUUCACCUUUUACAACUGCAGCUUGGUCCAGCAGCUGUCUGGACGCAGGCCAUGCCAAGGGUGUGUGAGCAGCCGCUGGGGAUGUAACUGGUGCAUCCAUCAGCAUGUCUGCACACACAAACACACCUGCAGCCACGGAGUCACCAUCUACAACCAAAAUUUCAAACCACCAACACCCACCAUCCCACCACCCACCACAAAACCAACAACUUUACCCCCAACUGUCCCUGCUACAACCACAACCACAACCACAACAACAACAACAACAACAACAACAACAACAACAACAACAACACAGCCCCCACCCACAGAGACACCCAACCCCACAGCAGCAGUUGUCCCUACAACCACUGCGACAGUGAUACCACCCACCAUCCCUUACGAUGAACCCACCUCACCCUUUACAUUCGCCACUACUUCACCCCUUGUCCAGAUCUCCACUCAGGACACCUCCAUCUACACCGACGUCUCCACCACAGACGGAUUCGUCUCUGACUUAGAGAUAACGACAGAGGGAAAUGGUGGCACUACAAGAGGUCUUUUGAUGGAAGAUGAGAUUAAAACCUGGAAUAUCACAGAAAAAACUCCCCUGACUACAUUACCCAGCAGCACUAGCAGCCAGACAGACUCUGAGAUGAGAAUUUCAGAGCCCUCUGAAACAUUAGGCUCUUCUUCCAAUGUAACCUCAACGACCUCCAGCAAAAUGUUCCUUUUAAUGGACCCAUCUGUCACUGAUGACGAGGACGCCCACUCUGAAGAGGAAGUCUUACCUCUAUGGUUGGAUGAGGAGGAGAAACAAGAUGAAGAGACCAAUGUGGACUCUGCAACAGGAUCACCUAGUGUUAGUGAAACGCCGCUCACCCAUACAGAGUCACCUGAAACAGUUAUUGAGCCCAGCCCCUAUUCAGAUGCAAACUACCAAUCAGACUCUGCAGUUGAUACUUAUUCAAGGGAGUGUCCGUGCGUGGAGAACAUUCAGGACUCCUCUCUCCUCCCCGUCAAUGUGGAGAGGAAGAUCACUCUGGUGGGACAGCACCUUCACCUGUUUCAGGAUGAGAAUUUGGACUACGAGUGUGUGCUGGACGUGGAGAACGAGUCGGUAGUGGUGGAUGCCUCGGUGGAGCAGGACGACACACAACCAUCGGUCUUCUUAAUCACCUGUCGGCCACACAAGUAUGCAUACUCUACUUUGAUGGAAGAAUAUCCAGCCAUGAUCAACGUGAGGAGAAAGAACUACUUCCUAAUCGAUAGCCCCGAGGAUCUGUAUGUGACUCUGUUUAACUGCUCAGUUGGUCGCUCAGACUGCAGCCGCUGUCGCACCGCCAACCCGAAGUACGGCUGUGUCUGGUGUGGCGGCAUAGCCAGCUCUCACUGUGUUUACCAGGACUCCUGCAGGGAUAAGAUUCAGCACACCUGUCCUGCACCUGUCAUCCACUUUUUGGACCCGGUAUCUGGUCCCGUAGAAGGGGGCACAGUAGUGACAAUAUCCGGUUCUAACCUCGGCCAGAGAGCUGAAGACAUCCAGAACUCUGUGACAGUCGCCGGGAUCCCCUGCAGCGUCAUCCACAGCAGAUAUGAGGUCUCGUCUAGGAUCGUGUGUGAGACCACAGGCAGUGCAGGAGAGAGGAGUGGUCAGGCCUCGGUCAAAGUGAGGGGAGGAGGACUCGGACUAUCGGCUCAGAUCUUCAGCUUCCAGGAUCCCGUUCUGAGCAGCAUCUUCCCCCAGAGAGGGCCCAAGGCGGGGGGCUCUGCUCUUACCAUCAGAGGCCGGAGGCUGAGGACGGGACAUCCGAGUGAAGUCAGCAUCCUGAUUGGAGGAGUGCCAUGUGUGGUGCUGAACAUCCAGGAGAAUCAGAUCAGCUGUCUGACCAGAGGCAGCAACAGAACUGGAGAGCACAGCAUCACAGUGCGGUUUGGUGGAGCUGAGCGCCAUCUACAGGGGUUGGUGUAUCAUUAUACCCCCAACCCCAACAUCACAACGGCAACUCCAUCCAGAAGCUUUCUGAGUGGAGGUCGGAUCAUCAGAGUCUCUGGUCAGAACCUGGAUGUGGUCCAAGAACCCAAAAUGAGAGUCACCCUCAGUCCACCUGAUACUCUCCCUCCCAGGAGGAGGAGGAGCGUCGGCAGGAGGAGUGCGGGGAGCCUGAACAGAGAACAGGGGCUCCUCGGUUCCCUGAAGAGAUGGAGGAGGAUUGUCCCGGAGGCUGACUGCCCUGAGGGAACGCUCUGCCAUGUCAAACAGUACGAGUCUCUCUGCUCAGUGAACAGCUCCUCGCUCAUCUCAUGUCCGACACCAGCCGUGGGUCCAGAGGCGAGGAGGGCCAGGGUCAAAGUUCACUUCUUGUUGGACAGCCUUCAUUUUGACUUCAACAGCGUGGGGAACGAAGCCUUCAGCUAUGAACCCAACCCCCGGCUCUACCCCCUGAACCAGAACGACCCCAGCAAGCCUUACCACCACAAACCCGGCAGCAUCAUCUCUGUGGAGGGAGAGAACCUAGAUCUGGCCAUCUCCAAGCACGAGGUGGAGGCUCGGAUCGGGGAGGGGGUCUGUUCAGUUAAGACCCUGACACACAACCACCUGUACUGUGAACCUCCAGCUCAGCAGCCCUCUGUCACAGCAGGCAAGAAACAGGACGGCGUGGACAGUCUGCCUGAGUUCACUGUGAAAAUGGGGAACCUGAACUUCUCUCUGGGUAGCGUGCAGUAUGACACUCAGGCCCAGUCCACGUUCCCUCUGGAGGCUCAGGUGGGGGUCGGAGUGGGCGCCUCCAUAGUGGCUCUCAUUGUGCUCAUCAUAGUGCUCAUUUACAGGAGGAAGAGCAAACAGGCCAUGAGGGACUAUAAGAAGGUGCAGAUCCAGUUGGAGAACCUUGAGACAAGUGUGAGGGAUCGAUGCAAGAAGGAGUUCACAGAUCUGAUGACAGAGAUGAUGGACAUGUCCAGUGACUUGGUGGGAUCAGGAAUCCCCUUCCUGGAUUACAGAGCAUAUGCAGAGCGCAUUUUCUUCCCCGGCCACCAGGAGUCGCCACUGAGACGAGAUCUGGAUGUUCCAGAGAGCAGACGGCAGACUGUGGAGCAAGGCCUGGUCCAGCUGUCCAACCUGCUCAACAGUAAACUCUUCCUCACAAAGUUUAUUCACACCCUGGAGGUCCAGCGGACGUUCUCCCCUAGAGACCGGGCCUAUGUGGCCUCUCUGCUGACCGUGGCCCUGCACGGUAAACUGGAGUACUUCACAGACAUCCUGAAGACCCUGCUGAACGACCUUGUGGAACAAUACGUGGCCAAAAACCCCAAACUGAUGCUCAGGAGGACGGAGUCGGUGGUUGAGAAGCUUCUAACAAACUGGAUGUCCAUCUGUUUGUUUACCUUCCUGAGAGAAUCAGCAGGGGAGUCCUUCUACAUGCUGUUUAGAGCCAUAAAGCACCAGGUGGAUAAAGGACCUGUGGACGCUGUGACCGGGAAAGCAAAGUACACACUCAAUGACAACCGGCUGCUGAGAGAGGACGUGGAGUACCGCACACUGACCCUGAAUGUCGUGAUGCCCGCUGCAGCUUCCACUGGAGGCACCACAAACCAGACGGUGCCUGCCAAAGUCCUGGACUGUGACACCAUCACCCAAGUGAAGGAGAAACUCCUGGAACAAACGUGGAAGGGAACCUCUUUUUCCCAGAGGCCACACAUUGACUCAUUACACCUCGAGUGGCGUGCAGGUGUUGCCGGUCACCUGAUCUUGUCAGACGAAGACCUGACGUCAGUCGUGCAAGGCUCAUGGAAACGCCUGAACACUCUGCAACACUACAAGGUCCCUGAUGGAGCCACGGUCGCUCUCGUCCCCAGAAACACCAAACAUCUGCUGCAUGACAGCCACGACUACAUGCCAGGAGAAAAGACCCCGAUGCUGGAUGAUGGGGAGGAGGGUGGAGUGAGGCUUUGGCAUCUAGUCAAAGCUGGCGAGGAGUCCGAGCUGCCGAAGCACAGGAGAGGCAGCGUGAGGGAGAGGGGAGGAGAGAGGGCCAAGGCCAUCCCUGAGAUCUAUCUCACACGCCUGCUCUCAAUGAAGGGCACACUGCAGAAGUUUGUGGAUGAUUUAUUCACCGCUAUCCUCAGCACCAGUCGCCCCGUACCUCUGGCUGUCAAAUACUUCUUUGACUUGUUGGACGAGCAGGCUCAGCAGCACAACAUCACAGACCCGGAGACCAUCCACAUCUGGAAAACCAACAGUUUGCCACUGAGAUUCUGGAUCAACAUCCUGAAGAACCCGCAGUUCAUCUUUGAUGUGCAGACUUCCGACCACGUGGAUGCUGUGCUGUCUGUCAUCGCUCAGACCUUCAUGGACUCCUGCACCAUCGCUGACCACAAACUGGGACGGGACUCGCCCAUCAACAAGUUGCUGUACGCCAGGGACAUCCCACGCUACAAACAGAUGGUGGAGAGGUACUACGCAGACAUACGUCAGACCAUCUCAGCCAGUGACCAGGAGAUGAACUCCGCUCUAGCAGAACUCUCUCGUAAUUAUACCGCUGAGGUCAACUGCCUUGUGGCUUUACACGAGCUGUACAAGUACAUCAACAAAUAUUACGAUCAAAUCAUCACAGCGCUGGAAGAGGACUCCACAGCGCAGAAGAUGCAGCUGGGUUAUCGGCUUCAACAGAUUGCUGCUGCUGUAGAAAACAAAGUCACAGACCUAUGACCCCGCAGGGCACCGUAGAUUCUCCUUUAACCUUGAAGCAGAGGACUUCACAGGAACGAACUACUUUCUCCAGGAGGUUUUUUUUCUCCCUGAGACAAACUGAGGACUAAGGAACUGUUUGGUCCACACUGUGCUUGUGCUGUCAUUUUAGCAGACUGACUUCUCAUGACGGGAGAAGCGAACCCCAAGAGGCUCACUGGUCCUGUUCUCUGUCCUGAGACUCCUGUGAAGUUUGGGAGUAAAAAGUCAUGCUCUGAGGGCCAAAGCAGAAGAAAAAUACUGAAAUGAAGCACACGAACUACAGGAAAUUCAUCUGAGCUUGCAUUUCUCCUUAGGAAUUCCAACAUUGAUUCAGACUAAAGAGCAGUCUACUUUAAUCUUAAAGGACUUUUCAAACUGCACCGAACAUUCCUGCAAGCUUCCCGUACUAACAGGCUGUACGUCUCCUGCAGAGGAGCAGACAGUGGAAGUGUGCUGGAAGAGGAAACGAGGAGGAAAAGGGAAAAGAGGACUUCAGUGCUGACUGCUGUCGAGUUUCCCAAAACAGUUUGUCAAAGUCUUACAUUACGGAUAAACGAAGCUGUGGCGCUUUUGAGCAACAACUCAUCAUGUUUGAGAGACGUUUUCAUUCUGCUUUUAGCUUCCUGAAAUCACUCUAACAAGUCUUACUCUGAGAAGUUUAACCCUCUGUUAUUGGACGGUUUGUGGUUCAGCACAAACAGGCUUUAUUUUUCAUUUUUUAAGCAUCUCCAGUUCACUCCGUUUCUAGAUUAUGCCUUCUGUAGUUUGGACUGUUUUGCAAAAGUGCUCUGUGAUUGAAGAUGUAGCACACACAUACUCUCAGCCUGCUUGCUUAUCAUGACUUCCGAUUGCUGCCAUGACUGUUCCUGGCUUCAGUGACGUUUUGCAGAUGUCAAAACUUUUUGUAUAGUUUCUAUAGUUCCCGAAAAAAUCCACAAGUGCUCAUCAUUCUUUAAAUGAACUGAUCCGUCCUGCAGAAAACCAUGAAAGUAAAAUUUUCCACAACACAUGAGCGCAUGCAUGAGAAACAUGCAGAAAAAAGCCCAUAAUUGCUACAAUUAAGUGGAAAACUUUGAUUUUAAAUGCACAAAUACCAAGAAGAAUUGAAUCUACACUAUCUAUUUUACAUUGCAAUACAACUAUGGGGUUAAAUCCCUUUUGUUGCAAUUCAUCCUUUUCCCUUACACCUUGUGUUUUUUUUUAAUGAGUGGUAUUUUUCCUUGGUAUGCAUGUGGCAGAGUCAAACAGCCCUCAUGAAGUUUCUAAAUCCUGAGCAGUUUAUAAAAUAAGUCAUGUAGAAUUAAAUUAAAUGCUUAUUUUGCACACAUGUGCAUUAUGUAGAUUGAUUUCUCUUGUUCUCUGUUUUUAAGGCUGGUUUGAUCUCUUCCAUACCUGUGCGAUACUUUCACUUUCUUCUCGUGUCUUGUUUUGGAUUUCUUUAACUCCAUCUCCUCUCUGUUUGAGUUUAUCUCCAGGCUGGAUUGCAGUAUUACCCUUGAAUGAUUGUUACAGCAGGACUGAUGCCAGUUAAGAGUUUGUCAAACAUUUCACGCUAACAGGAGAGCUGGAGAAAUCUUUGACUAGUUUUAUCCAAUUUAAUUUAUUUUUUAUUUAUUCUGUUGGAUACUUGUUUCUUAUUAUUUUAGAAAUGUGUAAAACAAUAGUCUUUUUUUACCCCGUGUCUGUCACAUCUUCAUCAUCUGGUGACGUAAAGCGGACUUUUGUCAUCUUGAAUCAAAUUCACAAUCAGCCGUGUUGAAUUUAAGCCACAUCUUCAGUCUCUACUUUUAUAUUUUCAUCUAUUUUAGAAGCAGAAAUAUUUUUUGUCCUGUUGCAAGUUUUUAUUCUCAAAAGAAAACACGUUACCUGUGGAUAACUUUGAGUUUGUUGAACUCCACUGUGGUGUUUGACAAUAAUUCUGUACAUACAAAGUGCUCUGAAGUAACCCUGACUUUAGUGUUUCUGACUAACUGAUAGGACAAACCUAACAACAGCUUAAUGUGAUGCAAUAAAGUGGUCCCUGUGUUCAAUCCAA